GAAAAAUAAUCAGAAGGUGGCUAAUCAAAUGUCAAGUCACCACCAGAGGUAAACGUCACGAUGACAGUGCUGAAAAUGACUCUAGAACAUUGUGCUUUUAUAUGUGUCAUCUUGCUGACCAAUAAGGGCUGCGUUUUCUCUUUUUGACUCUUGCCAGAUACAUCACACCAGAUAUCAGAGGAGGACUCAGGACUGGGAUCACCUGACAGCAUGUCGACGGCAUGGAGAAGAUGUGUUAGAAAAAGGGACCAUGAUUGCUGCAGAUCUGUUUGUUCUAGUUCUUCCUGUAACAAAAGAGAAGAGCCUAAGCUAAUUAUUGGAAGCUUCGUGUUGAUAAAGAACAGCUCAUCCUACUCUCCACAUCAUGUCCCCUCCUCGCUGGCCACUCUCGCUGCAUGUUUUUUAAAUUCACAUCACCAACCACCAGACGUCGUUUCCUUUUGCCUGGGAGAUGAUGGACAGCAGGAUACUGGAUCCACCUCAUGCCCAGUUCGGAGGCUCGCUCGGUGGGAUGGUGAGCUUUCCGUACCAUCUAAGCCACCAUCAUGUGUACGAAUUAGCCGGUCAUCAACUUCAAUCCACGGCCGCGGUUCCUUUCUCAAUAGACGGAUUACUUAACGGCUCCUGCACGGCUUCUGUGGUGAAUUCUAACCCCCUCUUGUCGUCUGGCUGCGGUAUGAAUGGAGAUAACCAACAGUACAAACUGACAGAUUCGGGGGAUCCAGAGAAGGAUAGCCCGGGUUGUAAAAGAAGACGAACUCGUACCAAUUUCACUGGCUGGCAGCUGGAAGAAUUAGAAAAGGCUUUUAAUGAAAGUCACUAUCCAGAUGUGUUCAUGAGGGAAGCACUUGCUCUGAGAUUGGAUUUGAUAGAAUCGAGGGUGCAGGUAUGGUUUCAAAACCGGAGGGCGAAAUGGAGAAAAAAGGAGAACACGAAGAAAGGGCCGGGGCGACCUGCACACAACUCUCAUCCGACGACCUGCAGUGGCGAGCCAAUGGACCCAGAGGAAAUUGCUCGCAGAGAACUGGAGAGGCUGGAGAAAAAGAAAAGGAAACAAGAAAGAAGGCUUUUAAAGUCCCAGAACAAACUCCUUCCCGGAGACUUAUUUCACACCCCAGGAUCUGACAGUGACAGUGGCUUGUCACAAGUAACGGACAGUGAACAAAGCAUCCAUUGCGACAUGGGCCGAAACCAAACGCAACCAAGCUGUGACCAAACACCACAGAAACUCCAGAACCAAAGAAACGCAGACCAAGACGCGAGUGGAUCCGAGCUGGACUCGUCCGACAGCGGUCAGCAGUCAAACCUGAUGUGCUCCAACAGUAGGUCUUCCACUCUUCAAAAACUCAAUCCCUUUAGCGUGGAAAGCCUUCUGUCGGACUCCAGGCCGAGGCGCAAGCCGCCAAUGGACUUCCCAGUACCGACACCACGGCCUUUGAUAGGGAAAGGACAUUUUUUACUGUACCCUAUUACACAACCUCUCGGUUUCAUUGUUCCACAGACUGCUUUGAAGAGCACAGCACCAGGUCCUGAUGCUGAAAAUGGCCAGAAAGGGCCAGCUACUGACAGUUCCUUUGCUGGAAACCUAGGACACAGGAACGCCAAGGACAACAGUGUAAACAGCGGCGCGCGAGCAAUCAAAGGCCAGGUCAGUCAGUCGGGCAACAUAACGUGUUCACCACAGAGCAGUUCACCACAGACUACCAUUAAUGGUCACUCGGCGGGCAGCUGUAACGAAAGAUGCCCACAAGAUAUAGAGUUAGACCUCGUCGAUCCAAAGUCUCCACAGUCGGAGAAAAAGGAGCAGUCGUUACCUGACUAUCCACCACAAAAUUCAGAAUCAGCGACAACCAACAAGGACACCGACAAAGACUCAGUUGACGUCGAUAUGGAAUAAAUGAAAUCAGAGUAGAAACUGAGGAGUGUGUCGAUAGCCUAUCGCUCGACACUUCUCCGCAGAUUAAGCGAAGAGGAAAAAAGUCGACAUAUCGAAACGUAUCGUUUUCAUUGACAUAUUUAUAUUCUGAUUAGGGGAAAUAUCUGUGUGAAUAAUUUGUGUAUGUGUGUGGUGGGCUAUCAAAUGUUUAUUGAACAAAUAGCAGCAGCUCCCUGUAUAAGAAACUGUAAAAAAAAAAAAAAAAAAAAAAAUACCAAGACAAAACCUCAAACGUUGUACAAAGUAUUAAGAUAUUUAUAUAUGUAAGUUUUUCAUAAAUAAAUCGAUUGUAUACAACAAACUUAAGCGUGCAUGGCCCUAAAUAGAGUUUAUAUUGUGGGCUAUAGCUCCUUCUCCCAAACCCUGUGUUGUAUUUUGUGUAUUGCUUUAACAAAUUUAUUCAUCUAUAAGCUACACUGAAAUGAGGUUACGAGCCGGAGGCGAAAAGACCCGUUCGACUCCUGCAGAGUUUUGAUAUGAAAGUAAUUAUUUUCCCGGUGGCUACUGCAGGGAUUCAGUUUAUUUUAGCCCAAAGGGUUAUAAUACAUUACCGAUUUCUAGUGAUAUGAAAUCACAUAAACUUCCAAGAAUAAUAGAAUUAGCAUGAAAGGCUGGGGUGUCAAAUUGAAAUACGAAAAUAAUAGCCCCGGCAGCUGGGAGUGUGUUUGUGCAUAUUGGAUAGGAGAUGGGAAUUCGUGGGGCGGAAUUUUCAUGAGCUUUUCACUUUGUCAGGGCCCUUGUAGCUGGCUAUAUUAAGAUAGAUGUUCGAUGAUAUCCCUCAUUGUUCUGUCGCUUAUAUUGAUGUUCCUGUGUUAUCAGCCUAUUGAUCAUGCGUCGGCCGUAAUAGGACGGGCGAAGCAAACGUGCCUAUUUACAAUAGCAGAACACAUUUGUUCUAAUAGGGUUGGCGGUCCCAUGGGACCCUGUGGGGGCUCCCAGACAUCUGCGCCUUGACAAUAUUAGCACUGCUGACCAGAUCUAAAGGCGAGGUAAGAAAAGCAGGCAAUAAAAUCAGAGAAUCAUUUUCGUGAGAAAUAUAACUGCACGGCAAAUACCAAUAAUGAAUUAGCAUUUUCAUUUUCCAAGGUGUUUAAUUUGGUCAUACGGACUCGUUUAUUGUCUUCUUAAACAUCUCCUGGUCGUCUCAUCACUUCCACUGGUCUUGAUUUGCAAAUAAAUUGAAAGUAAUCAGCGGGGCUGGCGCAAAUGAAUUUCUAAGCCAGUGUCUCUUUCAUAAUAUUUACAUAAUUUUCACCAGAGACUUAAGACUUAAGACUUGGCAUAUGGCGUCCAGGGCAAAUAGACUACACAAAAGUGGGCAAGGGGAGAGCAGAAAAGAUGUCAGGACAAUCAAUAAGAACAUAUUUUGCACACAGUGCGCCACAACAAUAAUGAUGAUGAUGGCCCGGAGUUGCUAUACAAAAACAAUAAUUAGCCUAUUUACGCGUUUCAUAUCGAAAGAUCCCGCGCUAUCUCAAAGUCAAGCAAAUAAAAUAUCUCUAUUUCAGUCAGUGAAUUGCCUUUUGUACAUAUAUACAUAUAAAAAAGCCAGUGUUUGGAAAAUGUUAGUUGUCUGGAGGUGUCCUUCAAUUUGCUGCUGUCUUUUCCUACUGGGGCGCGUUCAUGUUUAAUUCAUUUGCAAUCUGAAUAGGAGUAUCGCUGGCUGCACACUGGUGGCCUUAAGGUGAAAUUAGCGAUUUGCUUAAGUAGUUAAGCUUUUGCCUGAAAGCAGCACGCUGUAUGAUUCAGGACAAACUAUCAAUCGAUAUGGCCCAGGCAGCCUCCAGGAGAUGUGUCCUCCAUGAAUCAUACUUUAUGAAUUCAAUUUCUACCCGGAGAAAUUUUCAAUUUGAACGCUGGAUCAUUAUGGGAGAGUGUAAAUUGUUUUUGCUCUAUUAUGCAUCGGACGCCAUCAUUUUUCUUUCUAAUUACGGAGGUGUCAGGUCGGGCUGUCAUGCAGGCGCUGAUUUUCAAUUUAACUGAUCAUCAUGCAUUCAUUUUCCCAUUUGAUAAAUCUGCUAUCUCGACGCCGCGCCAUGCCUGGAAUGUUAAGAGAGAGAGAGAACAGCAAAGUAAUGGGGGUGUGUGUGCAGCAAUAAGUGCAGAUCAGGCAGCUAAUUUAGCACCUCCUGAUAUUCCAUCUCCAUUUCUCAUUUUCAACUCUCCGAGGAGAGAAAAGCAGCCCAAAGGCAGAAAGCUGGUAUUCAACAACAUCAGGGGUAAAACGACUCGGAAAACGCUUGUUUUCCUCAACACAUUUUCCAAAUUAGGAUAUCAAGCUUAAUUAAUGCUAAUUGAGUUCCUCAAUACGUGUUAUUUUUAUUUAAUAGAAUCAAAUUCGCGCAAUUAAUUAUGAAGGUGAUUUCAAGAGCCUCAUUUGCAACACCCAGUCUUAACCCCUCCCUGAGUGCUUUGUAGAUUAUUUUCUUUUGUCGUUUUAUAUUUCGCUAAACUCACAGAGCGCCUCGUAUACCUCGAGGACAGGUGCAAGGCCAACCGAAUAGUGAUUAUAUUCUGCUUCUCUAUUAGGGUGCACUGCUUUAACAUGGCUUUCCGAAUAAAUCUUCACGGAAUUAAAGCUCACUUGGUGUCUUUUUGCAUUUAAUUGUGG